AGCCACCGACUCUCGUAGUGGAAAAAGCCAACAUGAUUUUUUAUUUAUAUAACGAGGAAACCAGAAUAAAUUAAAUCCCCCUUCUUCUAAGAAAAAAUUGAAGCUCUGUUCAGUCAUUUCUAGGGUUUCAUUCAUCUUCGAAAUUAGGGUUAAGUUAUCCAUCGAAAAGCAAAAGCCAUCAAUCAAUCAUGCCGAAGAAUAAGGGAAAGGGAGGAAAGAACAGGAAGAGAGGAAAGAACGAAGCUGAUGAUGAAAAAAGAGAACUUGUUUUCAAGGAAGAUGGACAGGAAUAUGCUCAAGUUCUUCGUAUGCUUGGUAAUGGACGAUGUGAAGCUAUGUGUAUUGAUGGGACUAAACGUCUUUGUCACAUACGUGGUAAGAUGCAUAAGAAAGUUUGGAUCGCCGCCGGUGAUAUCAUUCUUGUCGGUCUCCGUGAUUAUCAGGAUGACAAGGCUGAUGUAAUUCUUAAGUAUAUGCCAGAUGAGGCAAGGUUGUUGAAGGCAUACGGAGAGCUGCCAGAGAACACUAGACUCAACGAGGGUAUUGCUAAUUUGGAUGAAGAAGAUGAGAAUGCAGCUGAUGAUUACAUUGAGUUUGAAGACGAAGACAUUGACAAGAUCUAAAAUUCCUGAUCUAAAUAGUGCUGUCACUGGGUUUCCUGUUGGCCUCGCAAGCAUUUCGUUGGAGUUUGAGUUUUUAAUACCAAAAAGAUAGAGAGACACCUUAUAUGUACCAUCUGAAGUAAUAUAUGAUUGAACUUUGUGCACUAGUAUUUCUGUAUGAAGAUUUAUGCUUUUUUGAUGAAGCAGAUGCAAUAAUAGCCUAUGUGUAUACUCAAAAAAGAAAAAAAGGGAAGCGCCUUCUGAGUUGCUCUAGAUUUACUAAAACACCGGUGAACAAUGAACCUGUUCCUUAAGGUACAGUUUGUGAUUUUAGUGGCGUGUUUCAGAGUUUGUGCUUUUUGAGUAACAUGUUUGUAGGCUUGUAGCUAUGACAGAGAUUUGGAAUCAGUUCUUUGCAGUGGAGUGGUGCUGGAUAUCUCUCAA